CGAAUAUGCCCGAUCUAGCCAUAGUUCGGUCAGUUUUAAUAAAGUUACAAGGUCCGGGACGAACCCCUACUCCAAAUUGACCCGUAGCCGUAGUGAAUCAACAGAGGCGAGCGCAAGCGACCAGUCAUUUCAGUCGGAACCGUGUAGUUGUUGAAAGAGAUGUCGUUGAAGAGUGAUGAAAUACAGUGAAUCAAUUGAUUUCUAUACCUUAGCUUGUAACGUAUCAUUUACAUAAGCAUUCCAAGUUCAAGUAGGUAUAAAAAUAUUUCGUGUUUUGGUCACAUUUGACCACUCUGAGACGGUGUAAAUUUUCCCUCCAAAAUUCAACUCGCGAUGCCGUUGCUGCGUAGACAACCAUUUGUCAAACAAAAGCCUCCGGAAGAUCUGGGGGCAGACGAAGAAGUGUUUUUCUGUGAGCUUACCAAAGAAGUAUUUCGAGACUAUGAGGAAUUUUUUGAAAGAACGAUCUUGUACAACAGUCUAGUGUGGUCAUGUUCACUGACUGGCCGACCAAACCUUACGUACCAGGAGGCGCUAGAAUGUGAAACCAGGGCUCGAAGGAAUCUGGCUGCCUUCCCAGAAUACCUUCAGCGACCCAUUCUAUUUCUAGCAAGCCUUACGCGUAGGGGGCGCCUUAAUGACAUGUGCGAUGAUAUCUAUCUGUUCAGCAAGGAGCGGUUCUUCAUUGGAGAAAGGGUGGAAGUGGUCCAUGGAGGUGAAAGACUGACUUGCCAAGUACUCAACGUUUACCAAUCUUCAUUGGAUGCAUCAGGAAUAAACGGACAUGAAAAUGAUCAUAUGAACACGUCUGGCAGCUCUGAAGAAGGUGCCAAAAGCUUUGGAGCUAGCCCUGAAUCAUAUACAUACUGUGUACAGGAGAUCGGCACUGAUGACAACCCCUUUACCAUUGAUGCGUUGAAUAUCUCACGAAAGAAAGGGGUGUUAACAAGAGACAAGAACAAACUUUACCUCAAACUGCACUGUAGACCAGACAACGGUCUAUGGAAAGUUAAGCCAAAAUUCGUUGAGAAGUUCAGAUUAGCAGAGAUGACAUUUGCAUCAGUUUUCUGUGGAGCACCGCCAAAAUUUAGCCUUUCGCCAGCAAAGAGGGUAGUGGGUCAACACCAGUCUAAUGCUGUGCCAGGAGUCUCUUCAAAUCGAAGCAAGGCUAUGGAUGCUAAAAGGAGAGAAGAGCAGAGGCUUGAAAUUGAGCAGAUAGCUAGAAAACAAGAUCAGGAACAGCUAGAGAAAGAGCGAAUACAAAUGAUAAGGGAUGCUAUGAAGCUGAAACAAAAACUGGCAGAGGAGAAGGAAUUCCAGAGAGAGAAGAGAAGGCAGGAGAUGGAGUUAGAUAGGCAGAAGAAAAAAGAGGAGAGAGAUAAUCAACGAGAGCAAAAACGUUUGAAGGCGGAGUACAUGAAGGAGUGGAGCAAACCCAGAGAUGAUCUCUGUUGCAAUGACCUUAAGGAUCUUCCACAACCAACGGAAAUCCAAACUGUUGUGUCCAGUAGUUUGUUUGGAGAUAUCGUGGCUGUGUUGGAGUUUCUACAGGCAUUCGGUUCAAUCUACCAUGUCAGCGAUGUGUUUCCCGAUGGAAUUUCUUUUAGCAUGUUGGAGCAGGGACUCGCAGACAGGGAUCCGCAGGGCUUUUUUGGUGACCUGCUGCAGUUCCUGCUCAGUGCAAUCUUCAUCGAACAGGAGGAGGAGUGGCAGAGUGCAGGUGCCGAAAAGUCGUCGCAGGCAGUGGACAUGUCUGAAUCCUACGGCAAUGGUGAUGUAGAGGCAGCCAUCAAUGAAGCAACCAUGGCUGCAGCGUGGUCCCGUCAGUUCCACGGAGCGAAGCUUGGCAGUCUAACGAUGGACACCUACACGGUGACAGAGGUGCUACGUCUACAUCUAAUGGCGGCUGGUGCUCGCCAGACACAGAGCAUCACCAGGUACCAGUUUCAGCAGAGGUGCGGUUACUGCCCCAAAGAUGACCCUGGGCUGGAAUUUAAGAUGGCUGAACCGGGCAUAAUGGAGGCAUUAAGUACCGGGAGUGUUUUUGACCUGUCAGCUUCUGAUCGACUGAAGAUUCUUCAUGUGCUCAUCGGUCAGUUGCUCACCUACACGGCCAUUAGGGAUGUGAUAGAGGACAACAUGGAGAAGCUGAGGCAGUUAAAGUACGAGCUGAGACACCUACAAUGGGCUGAGCAACGUAAGGAGAAGGAAGAACAGCAAGCCAGAUUUCACAAGAAAAGGGAAGAAAAAAGGAAAGAGAGAGAAAAGCUGGAAGAGCUUAGGGCCAAGAAGCUGAAGACAAGAGAAGAUCAGCUUAAAUCUGAGGAGACUGUGAGUGUGGGGUCAAGUGAGGUCAACAGCGAGAUCGAGCUGUCGGACGACGACGAAGACGACAAUGGCGGCGAUCGACCGUCCACUCGCCGUUCAGAGAAACAAGAGGAGGCGUUGAUAGAAAAGCUAGUGCAGCGAUCUGCUUACAAUAACGAGGAGAUCGACGAGGAGAGUCUGACGCCGAAGCAGCGAGGCAUGCUGCAGCAGCGGCGAGCCGACGACGAGGCUCAGCGUAAGAUGGUCGUGCUCAGGAAGGAGCAGAGCAUGGCCAGCGACGUGCUCAAACUACAGCAGGGUUCUGCUAUCUUUCCACUGGGCAGAGACCGGUCGUAUCGCAGGUACUGGCUGUUUAUGGGUGUUGCUGGUCUCUUUGUGGAUGACGAUGAAAGAGAAAUAGGCCGCUGCCUCGCUCAGCCGACGCCGACGGGCCGCGACGUGUCCGACUCGUUUCUCAACAACAACAUUCCCGCGAGCGUCGUCAACAAGCGGCUGCAGGGCAUCAUCGCCGAGGAGCGCGGAUUCCACGGCGCCUCGAACCCCAUCAGCCGCACGAGCAGCGCGAGCAGCCUCACCGACCUCUCUGCGCAGGUGGUGAGCGUCGCCGACCUCACUGCGCAGCCGCCGAGCGUCGCGAGCGCAGACAGCGGCCGCUCCAGCGUCGACAGCGACAUCGAGAUCGUCUGCGUGAUGAAGCCGGGCGACGCGGGGGCGCCACCGGGCGUCACCGCGCCCGACGACGGCAAGAUGGCGGCCAGCGGGUCGGCGGAGGUCGACCCCUGCGCGGCAGAGGUCGACCUCUGCACGGCGGAUGCGGCGACGUGUCUCGUGCACGGCGCAGGGCGCGCGGUUGCGCCGUGGACGCUCUACCCGAGCGUCGACAACUACGAGCAGCUGAUGGGGGCGCUGAACGCGCGCGGCUACCGCGAGGGGACGCUGCGCGACGCGCUGCAGACGGAGAAGACGCGCGUCGUUGCGUCGAUGAUGCGCUGCGACACGGACGCUCUGAUGUCGGCCGUGCUGCCGUCGUCAUCACAGAAGUGCGACAAACAAAGGAGGAGCAAAGAACCGAGCAAGUACGGCGCAGCGGAGAACCUGCUGGAAGUACAGCUUUGCGACAUGAUUUUGGACAUGGAGGAGAGAAUCUAUGCAGGCACGCUAGGAUAUAUGCGCUCUGUCGAGGACAGGCUAGCCUGGCGCGUCGACAUCCAGGAAGGCAAGGUGAAAAUGAAUGGAGCGUGGCACGACGAGGACGACGCGACGUGCAACGGCGGGGCGGACGACGGCGGACUGAUGGAGGCGACGCACGACGACGAUGGCGAGCGGGAGCGGACGAGAGAGGUCGUGACCCGGCUUGCUAGCGCCCUCGUGCAGGUCGCUCAGGGAGUGGAGCCGCGGUACCUGAAACCGCCGCUAGGGGGAGAUGACAGUAGGAAGCAGAAGCAGAAGAAGCUUGUUGAGGAGGGCGAGGGAGAUGCUGUCGUCAGCGCACAGACGGAUCUGUUCCAGCGAUGGCAGGAGUCGUUGCUGGAGGCCACUAGUCUUGCUCGGGUGUUUCUACACCUGGCCACUCUUGAUUCGAGCAUCAUCUGGUCCAAGUCGGUGCUAAACGCGCGCUGUCGGCUGUGCCGCAGAAAGAGUGACCCUGACAAGAUGCUGUUGUGUGACAGAUGCGAUAGAGGUCACCACAUGUAUUGCCUCAAGCCAAAGGUCAAAGCGAUUCCCACAGGGGAGUGGUUCUGCCCAGAGUGUAAACCGAAAGAAGCCAGGUCGCCACGCAAACAACGCAAGCUUGUAGUCGAGGAGGAGGAGGAGGAGAAGGAGGAGGAGGAGGAGGAGGAGGAAGAAGAUGAGGAAUGUGACGAGGAGGAGGAGGAGGAGGAAUCUGAUGAUGACGAUGAGGGGGAAGAGGAACCAGAGGAUUCCAUGGAUCAGUCAGGAGAUGAGGAGAUAGUUGAUUCGGAUGCGCAAGGCGAGGACUGCGCCGUCUGCGACCGCGGCGGCGGCAAGCUGGUGUCGUGCUCGCGGUGCUCGCUGUCCUACCAUGCGUCCUGCUGCGUGCCGAGGCUGCGCCAGAUGCCGAAGCACGGUCGCUGGACGUGCCACAUGUGCAAGCCAACGCGAAACGCUGGCAUCAAGCUGAGAGGCAUGAAGACGGUGGAGUCCAGCAGGAGCACGCCGGACUCGGACGGGUGGCAGGAGAAGAAGCAGGGCAGGAGGCGGGCGGAGGAGCGGGCUGGAGCCGGCAGCAGAGCGGCCAGAACGCUGCAGAAGAGUCGCAGCAUGAACGACAGGGACACGGCGAGGCCAUCGCGCUACAGGAACGUCUCUGAAGAAGGUAUCAUAUUCACUGCGUUUUUCGGGCAGGAAAGAAGCAAGGGAAAAAGUUCUGCGUGUCUUUUCGGGGCUUUCGUUGUGCCGGACUACUAUCGGGUCAUCAAAUGCCCGAUGGACUUCUCGACGAUGCGCGGCAAGUUCCGUGAGUUCGAGUACGCGCGGCCGGCAGAGUUCCUGCGCGACCUCCACCUGGUCUUGACCAACUGCACGCAGUACAACCAGUCGAUCUCGGCGGAGGCACGCGCCGGCCAGCGGCUCUCACGCUACGUCGAGCGGCAGCUGCGUGAGCGCGGGCUGGACGGCAGCGCCGACGGGCUGCCCAGCAAACGUACCCGCCAAUCGCUCUAGUAGAGGAUGCGUCGUUAUGGCGAUGGGCUGCCCCACGAGCGUUGUUGCCACUCGCUGUAGUAGAGGAUGCGUCGUCACGGCGACGGGCUGCCCCACGAGCGUUGCCGCCACUCGCUGUAGUAGAGGAGGCGUUGUCACGGCGAUACAGGUCGUUGUCGCGGCAAUGCAGUAGGCUGUCGUCGCUGUGACAGGAGUGUCCGUGCAGCCGUGGGAGUCAAUCAACCAGAGGUCGCUCUGCGUGGCGAUACCUGAUGAACCAUAGAGGGCACUGUAGGAGGUGAUGCUCGGGCACAGAGGGCGUCGGAGUAGCGCCGUCGAAACGUCGACGCCGUCCUGCCGUUGUUAACUAAAUAUUUGAGAGCACCUGUUUCUGCGGUGUUGAAUGUGAUAUCGAGACGAUGUAUUUUUAUUAGCUAUUUAUUCUGAUGCCUCCCAUUUCGUUAGCGGAAGCCUGCGUACGAUUUAUGUGGUACCGUUAAUGGAGCUUGCUCUGCUGCUCAACACAAAAACAUUGGUUUGUCGGAUGAUGAAGUAGAAUGUUGUGUGGACCUGAGGUAUGUUCAGAUCGCGGACAACCCAGGAUGAAAUAUGUCACUUCAUUACAUGCCACUCAGACGAGCACUUCUAAUUCAGCAUGAUUGUAAUGUAGCUCUGUCACUUUGUCAGACGGCCCAAGUUUUUCUAAGCAUCAGAUGAAAUGCGAGGGUGUCUCUUUCCUCGACACGUGUCAUGUGCAUUCCAGCUCUAAUCGUUGCGAGCGAUUUUUGUUAUGAGACCGAUUUCACACCAAUGCGAUAGAUGACUUGGGACCACGCUAGGGAAUAGCAGCCUGUUGGUAUGUGCGGUUCAAUGCCGAACAGGACUUCAGACGUUGAGGAAAAAAGUUUUACAACCUCAUUUCAGUUGACGUUUGCGGGCUCUGGCACGAGGAAAAUUAUUACAAUGCUCAGGUAACUGAAGUGGCAAUGGUUGGAUGUGGUGACAGAGCAGGUCUGAUAGCCUCUGUGGAGGUGGUGGCAUAAGCUAGACAGAAGACAAAACCAUAUACGGAACUGUAAAUUGGUCGCAUAUUAGUAGAAGUGAUUCAGGAGUACACCGUUUACGACCGGUGAAUGUAUAGAAUAUGUAUUAAUUGAGUUUCAUCGCAUGUGCACGCCGAUCCUUUUGAGUUGUGUGGUUUUUGUUGGUUUUUGCUGGCUCGCUCACUGAUGAUAUCCAGCCCACUGUGGUGCCUGCAUUGGCAUUGAGUCGAUUGUGGUUGUCCAUGCAAACGCUCCCUAGUUUAGUCAUUUGUAUUUUUGUAUUGGAAAGAGCGAGAAGGGUUUUAUGUAAUUACAGAUAUCGUCAUGUUUUCUGAUUGUUUCCGAGAUGUAUCUAUUUCACUUCGAUUCCUAGAAGGGCUGUGCCACUUUACCUGUCUACUGCCUAAAUGUACAUAUCAAUGCAAUGUGACUGCCAACGUGGGUGCUUGCAAAUGCACACCGUCGCACAAUUACCUGUUUUCGUUAUCCUAUCCUAUUUAAUUUCAUAAGUCGUGUAGUCUACCCAUCCAUGAUGUCAGAUAGCAUAACAACCUCUGACUAAGUCCCUUUAUGAAGAUUUAAUGUAAUCGCAAUAAUUUGUCGAUAUUUACAGCUCAAACUGUAGUUUACAUUCUUUUCUUUUAAAAAUCGCACCAAUUACGUGUCAAUAAAUGGCAAUGUUUGAUUCAUUAUUGAUUGGGUAUUGAACCAUGACUAGAAAAGUCAGCAGACUGAUAAAAAAUUGAUGCAAAAACAAUUUCCAUUAACUUAUAUAUAUACAAUUAUCACAGUCAGUAUAUUCAAUAUAUGUACAUGUAUUAUAGAAUGUACCCACGUAUGCAUCAAUAUGUGUAAAUAUAUGUAUUCUCUUGUCUCACAUUGCGAUUGUUGAUAUGAGGAACCGCUAAUACUAUUCCCGGUUUUGUAGUCUCGUCCAUUCUAAUGAGAAAACCAGAGAAGACGACUGGUAGUGCAGGAACUCUGAUCGGCAAGUCGGAUCCAAUGCAAUCGUCCUACCUCAUUAGUAGACAGUUCAAAGGAUGAAUGCAUCAUGCACUUGCUUGUAUGAUGUUAAACCAGCAGGAAACGUUUUUGUGCAAACUAGAGGUGUAUAGUCACGUAUAUCUAUACGUACCAUGAUAUAUAGUAUAAAUAUUUUCAUGAUCUGUUGUAGUCCUGAUUUUUUUUCGCUUUUUUUCGCGCAACACGAGAAAGGGAGGGCUGCUGAAAUUGUUUGGGAUAUGUGCGUAAAUCUAGAUUUUUCUCUACCUGCAUGCCUGUUAUUAGUAUCUAUUUUUCUACUCCCGUGAAAUGCAUCUAAUCACACCGAUGUUCAUAGCCAUAAAAUGUUGAAACUUCGAUGAUAAAAGACAGACGGAUAGUUGUGAGAGCGUUCACGUCUACAGCGCUACUUCAUUGAGAAUAUUAUAUCUGUUUGUCGGAUUUGUUUGUGUACGGAGUGUAACGACACGCUAUGCACGUUGCAAUAAAUGGUGCACGUUGAACACUUUCAAACCAUAUUAAGACGUAUGCUAGCAAGCGAAAAUAUUGAAGAAGAUGCCAAACUGUUAUUUCAUGUCGAGUAGAUGAGGCCUCUGAUCUACUCCAGGUCUCAUGGCGUGUCGUCCAUAGUAGUGUAAUUCUUGUGAAACUGUCCGUGCGUUCUUGCAAGGCACUAUUCUUUGCGUGUGCGAAUAGCGUAAGCACACUGGUAUUAUUAUGAACAUAUGUAUACACUGUACAAAUAUGUUAUUGGUGUAACUAUAAACACACAUAUAUAUAUAUAUAUAUAUUCUAUUAUAUAUGUGUGUGUUUAUAGUAUUGUGUACAAGAGCGUUAAUCUAGCGUUCUACAUAGGGAUAGAUGUGUAUCGUGUAGAUAUUCGCACGACGUGUAUUGAGCUUGGAUUUAGCGCACAAAUCGGGAUUCCAUGUGUGUCGAUAUCAGACAUUGACGUAGGCCACGCAUCGCACCAGGAGUGAAUAAAACAAAAUUUGUAUGUUUUGUCUAUAUUAAACAAAAAAGCGCUUUUAUUCACUCUUGUUUGCACUAAUACUUCCUGUAUAUAAGAGUCCGAACGUACACGUGUCGGUGUUACCACGAAUAUGUACUCUAUAAUAUAGUAUAGUGUAUAUAUAAUGUCCACGGUGUUAUCUGUGUGCCCGUAAAUGUACGCUAGAAUUUCAACAUACACUAUCUGUCGUAGUCUAUGUGCCCGACGCUCGUUGUGUUUAUACGUCGUCAAUGCACGUCUGAUCUGAAUGAUGAUGCUACGAAGUAUCGAACCUGAUUGUGGUAUAAAUACAUUUGCGGUUAAGCUCAGCGUGUGUGAAAUCUUUCAAAUGUCUCUCUCACAAAACAAAAGGAAUAGAAUCACAAACUAAAUCUAGUACGCGCCCUGCCAACAGAGUAUGGUGGACGUUUUUCAGAAUUUACGGGAACAUAACACGCGGAUAAUGUACAGGAUCAGGUGAAUGCUCUCAUUGCCCUAUUCGUGCUAGAUACAAUAAUAGUGGUGUCUUUUCUGUGUUGUGUUAAAUUAUUGUAUCCAUGUUUGUGCUGUGGCAAUUUACGAUGUUCUCAAGCAGUGUCUUCCGUAUUUGAGGAAUUUAUCGUCGCAUGUUAUAUUAUCAGGGGUUAAUAAUGACAAAUUUGUCAUUAUUAACCCCUGAUGUUAUAUUAAGAGACUUGAAUGCAACCUCUGGCUGUGCAAGAUAUGGCAUUCUACGUGGAAGCGUGUGUUUGUUGGUAGCAACGAACGUAUAUGCAGUUCACUAAAGACUUGUAUAAUAAGUGUACGAAACAUUCGCAAAGUGGAAAUUCGUCUCCGUGAUAAUUUGUUGAAUUCUAUGUAUGGUUUUUGGUGUGUGUAUUGCACAGCAGACAGUGUUCGUAAUUUGAUUUGUAUUUAUAUUCAUGUAUUACAAAAGUUUCGCAUUAAUAAACACGUAGAUCAAAAUACGGGAA